CAGGAACAAGUUUGUAUUUUCCAAUAAUGUGGAAUGAAUAUAUACUCAUUGCUUUCUAUAAAUGUGAAAUCCCUCUGUUGCGCUAAUAUGAGACACUGAAAUGAUUCCCGAAACUCAGGGUUUCUAAUAGCGCCUAGUUCGGUUGCUUCGCUACGGUGAAGAUGUCGAAGAGCAAGUCUUCACCAGUCGUCGUAGACUCACUUAAAAAAGGAAAAUAUUUGAGUAGUGAACACGAGAAAGAAUGUUCAGAUACGUACAGUAUAUGUGUCCUUAUGUUUUUAUACAUCCUGCAGGGCAUUCCUCUGGGACUGGCAGCUGCAGUUCCAUACCUACUUCAGUCGGAUCCGAAAACGAUUAAUUACCAGUUUCAAGCAACAUUUUCAUUUGUCACAUGGCCAUUUUCACUCAAACUAGCCUGGGCCCCAAUAGUAGAUUCACUGUACAGUUCACGAAUAGGCAGGCGCAAAACUUGGCUCAUUCCUGUUCAGUACGCCAUUGGAAUUGAUCUUCUUAUUCUUGCAAGAUAUAUUGACCAUUGGUUGGGACGUACAUCCGAUAACCCAUGGGGUCCGUUAGGAGUAACACAUCCAGUGGAUAUUUUUAGCUUAACUGUGGCUUUCUUCGGGCUCACAUUUCUCGCCGCUACACAAGACAUAGCAGUAGAUGGUUGGGCGCUUACAAUGUUGUCGAAAAAAAACUUAGGAUGGGCUUCUACUUGCAACACAGUCGGCCAAACAUUGGGUUAUGUAAUUGCUUUUAUCUUGUUUAUGUGCUUAGAAUCACCAGAUAUUUCUAACACGUAUAUAAGAAGCAUUCCUGUUGAAGGCAAAGGGAUAAUUACCUUUUCAGGCUUUCUUUAUUUUUGGGGCGUUGUAUUUCUUGUGUCAACUACACUUGUCGGAAUAUUAAAAAAAGAAAUAACUAAUGACUCAGGUAAUCAUUCACCUAUGCAUUCUGAUCGUGCACAUGUUCCUUAUGACAAUAACAAUCUAUUAACUGUUUCAUCAAAUAAAUCAGAAGAUAAACAACACAAUCGAUUAUCACGUUCUCGUAAUCGUAUUUCAGAUGAAGGUAAUCGAAGUCAUAAACAAAUUCAUUCUAAUCAUGGUGAUGAUGAUCGACUUAUCGAUUCGACAGCAGUACAAGAUCCACUAGAUGGUCGGAGUCAUAUAAUUGAAGUUUCACCAAAUGAACAGUUGAAUACAACAGAAUCGAAUGAAGAAUUAUCACUGAUUGAUACAUAUCGUGUUAUGUUGGGCAUUUGUCGAUUGAAGCCUAUCAUGCAGUAUAUAAUGUUUCUUUUUAUUGUCAAAGUAUGUUUCUCCGCUUCGGAUAAUAUUUCUGGAUUAAAAUUAAUCGAGCAAGGCUUGCCUAAAGAACGAUUAGCUUUCAUUGGGAUUCUACUGUUACCACUUCAAGCGAUUUUACCACUUUUUAUUAUUAAAAUAACAAAUGGACCAAAAGUUUUAUCAUAUUACGCUUGGGCUAUAUUACCUCGUUUAUUUUUAGCCUUAUUAUCUGUUCCAUUGGUUCAUUUUGCUCCAUAUUUUAAAAUUUCAAAUCACAUCCCUUCAACGACGCACGAUAAUUAUACAAUGAAUUCAGGAUCAUCUAUUCCAGAAGGUGGUAGUGGUGGUGGCGGUGUCACGCAUGUCUCAUUCUCCUGGUCAUUCUAUGCAUUAAUUAUAAGCCACUUAGUGGUGUACUCGAUACUCACUAAUAUCAUGUUUAUUACACAAAUGGCAUUUCAUGCAAGAAUCAGUGAUCCAGCUGUAGGAGGGACAUAUAUGACUUUAUUAAAUACGGCAGCUAAUUUAGCGACAAGUCUACCAAACACAAUAUUCUUAUCUCUUGUUGAACCACUUACUGUAAGAAUAUGCUCUGGUGCUGAUAUCUUAAAGGCUGGUUUAUUAUCUUUACAAACUAAAUCUAUACAAUCUGGUUAUGUAAUGAAUACAAGUGAAAUUUCACAUUAUCCAAACGAUGUUCUAUACACUCAUGGGCAAUCAUGGUUAACGCAGAAUGCUACAUGUAAAGAUGCUAAAACUAUACAAGCAUGUCAUACAAUAGGUGGAAUAUGCUCAAAUUUAUUUGAUGGUUUCUACAUAGAAGUUGUAUUAAGCAUUUUAUUUGGAUUAUUUACAUUCCCUACAAUUGUACGUCCCUUGGCGAAUCGAUUAGAUAUUCUACCAAAUGAAGCUUUCACGUUUUAUCUGCCUUCAAAGUUAUCAUCGCAUAAAAGUCGUCAUCAUCAAGGUAUAUUUAAGAAGACAGUGGAAAAAGUUAGAAAGGAUUAAGAGAAAAGUAUUUCCUUAUGUUUGUAUGUUUAUUUGUGUAUAUGUGCGUGCUUGCGUGCGUGCGUCUGUGUGUUAGUUAAUGUGUUUCGUCUUCUUUAAACAUUUUGAUGUCUAUUACACACAACAUAUGUGAUACUGUACUUUGACUAUAAUAUGCCUAGUUAUAUACUUUCAUAUUGCCCUUAAUACUAUGUCUGUGUGUACAUUUUCCCCAUGAACUUAAGGUGUCUUCGCUCAUUUAUGCCCUAUGUGGUCUCAUCACUUGUGAUAUAACUAUUGUGUACUCGUCUGUGUGUAGCUAGGCUACUAAUAAUCGAUAAAGUCUGUCAAAUAGAAUAUUAAAAAAAAAAGAUUGUGUUUACAUGAAGUGCAAAAAAAUUACUUGAUGUUUUAAAGUAAGUAGUAGGAUAAAUGAAGCAUUUGCCAAAUAUUUUACUUCAAGUAAGAAUCUCUCUAAUUAUUCAUUAUUCCUACCUACCUACCCACCCACCCAUUUGUUUCACCUUGAUUGUUUGAAAAUGGAUUUCUAUGCUUUCUAUACUUCGGUAUUAUCGUCAUCAUCAAAAAUAAUAUUUUUCAUUCAUUUUAAUGUAUUUUUAUAUUCGUUUAUCAUUUUCCACUUCACUAAUAUUAUUAUUAUUAUCAAAAUGGUUAUGAGUAUUACUAUUGUUAUGCAACUGUUUAAUUGCCUUUUUCUGAUCUUCUUCAUGGAUUGUUUGUACAGUGUAACAAAAUAAUAAUAAUACAAGAAUAAUACUUUACUUGACUGAAUAUCUUACUUUUCUGUUCACAAGUAAAAUAAUUAAAAUAGACGAAAGAUACCAGUCGAAGCAGGAAACAGAGGGACAAAGCAAGUAGUCCGGCUACUUGUUUUUAUCGCUUUAUGUUCCUAGUGGGACAUGUGCGUCAGUGGCACAGCGGUAGAAUGCUUGCA